GUCAAAUGGAGCUGAAAAGCAAAAGUAAAAGAGCAGAGCUACAGAAAUUAAAGAAUGAGGGUAACUUCAAUCAUAAUGUUGAGGUUCUUCAGAAAGGAGAGGGGAAUUUGAUUGUGUACAGGAGACCAGGCGUCCCAGCAAAUGCAUAUGACUAUAUUCACUGUCGUUUUUGUAAAGGUUUUUACCAUCACAAACUUCUAUGGUCACAUGUCAAAACCUGCAGUUUCAAACCAGAUGGGGCUGAAAAUGACACUGAGAGAAACUUCAUUAGAGAAGCUAGAUGUGAAAUAGCCCCAUUUCUUCAACAACAGGAUGAAGAUAUUGAAAUGUUAGAUGAAGUUAUUGAUAAAAUGAAAGAAACCAAAGAAAAUCCUGGUCUGAAGAAAGUUUGUCAGGAAGAUGAGUUAAUAAGACAGUUUGGGUUGUAUCAUCUGGGAAGAUUGGGACCACUGGAAGAGCAAAGACUGAAAGACCAAGACAAUGUGAGAACAAAAAUGAGAAGCUUAGCCAGACUGCUUGUAAGAUUAAAUGGAGAGGAACUGUUCAGCUAUCCUUUAAGCCAUUUCAUCUGUGCUCAAAAUUUGAUUUAGUGGCAAAAACUGUGAAAGAAAUGUAUCAAGAAAUUGGUUCAUCACAGCUGGGCUUAAACUUAGGACAUUAUAUAAAACAGGUAAGCCUGCUGAAAUCAAGCAUGUGCCUUCGCAGACAGGACUGUAGGCGGAAAAAAGAGGCAAACGAGUUCACAGAAAUGUUCGAUGCCGAGUG